AUGGUGACCCUGUCAUUAAAGAUUAGUGUGGGGAAUGUAGUGAAAACUAUGCAGUUUGAGCCCUCCACCAUGGUCUACGAUGCCUGUCGCAUCAUCAGGGAGAGAGUCCCAGAGGCACAGCUUGGCCAGCCAAAUGACUACGGACUGUUUUUGUCUGAUGAAGAUCCAAAGAAAGGCAUCUGGUUGGAGGCUGGAAAGGCUCUGGACUACUACAUGUUAAGGAAUGGGGACACUCUGGAAUACAAGAAGAAGCAGAGGCCACUGAAGAUCCGCAUGUUGGAUGGGACAGUGAAGACUGUAAUGGUGGAUGACUCCAAGAUUGUCAGUGACAUGCUGAUGACCAUAUGUGCUAGAAUAGGUAUUACAAACUAUGAUGAAUAUUCACUGGUGCGAGACAUUGGUGAAGAGAAGAAGGAGGAAACCACAGGAACCCUGAAAAGAGACAAAACUCUUUUAAGAGACGACAAGAAAAUGGAAAAGCUGAAGCAGAAACUCCACACAGACGAUGAGUUGAACUGGUUGGACCAUGGACGGACACUGAGGGAACAGGGCGUGGAGGAGACAGAGAUGUUGCUGCUGCGAAGAAAAUUCUUCUACUCAGACCAAAAUGUGGAUUCCAGAGAUCCUGUCCAGCUCAACCUGCUUUAUGUGCAGGCUCGCGAUGACAUCCUGAAUGGAUCUCAUCCAGUCUCCUUUGAUAAGGCCUGUGAGUUUGCAGGCUAUCAGUGUCAGAUUCAAUUUGGGGAUCACAACGAGUCCAAACACAAGUCUGGCUUUUUAGAUUUAAAAGAGUUCCUUCCCAAAGAAUACAUCAAGAACAAAGGGGAGAAGAAGAUCUUCCAGGCACACAAAAACUGUCAAAACAUGACAGAGAUUGAGGCUAAAGUCAACUAUGUGAAGCUGGCCAGGUCCCUGAAAACGUAUGGUGUGUCAUUCUUUCUGGUCAAGGAGAAAAUGAAGGGUAAGAACAAAUUGGUGCCUCGACUUCUGGGUAUAACCAAAGAGUGCGUGAUGAGGGUUGAUGAGAAGACCAAGGAGGUGAUCCAGGAGUGGAACUUGACCAACAUUAAACGUUGGGCUGCCUCACCAAAGAGCUUCACCCUGGACUUUGGAGAUUACCAGGACGGUUACUAUUCUGUGCAGACCACUGAGGGAGAGCAGAUAGCUCAGCUUAUUGCUGGUUACAUCGACAUCAUCCUUAAAAAGAAAAAGAGCAAAGACCACUUUGGCUUGGAGGGAGAUGAAGAGUCAACCAUGCUAGAAGACUCUGUGUCACCCAAAAAGUCCACGUUGUUGCAGCAGCAGUUCAACAGGGUCGGCAAAGUGGAGACAGGCUCAGUGGCCCUGCCAGCCAUCAUGCGCUCAGGAGCUGGUGGACCAGAGAGCUUCCAGAUGGGUUCCAUGCCUCAAGCUAAGCAGCACAUAACCAGUGGACAGAUGCACAGAGGACAUAUGCCUCCACUGACUUCAGCACAGCAAGCCCUGACUGGAACCAUUAACUCCAGUAUGCAUGCUGUCCAGGCUGCCCAAGCUUCACUGGAUGAUUUUGAUACUCUGCCUCCAUUAGGAACAGAUGCAGCAUCUCAAGCUUGGCGCAAAAACAAGAUGGAUGAGUCCAAACAUGAAAUCCAUUCACAGGUGGAUGCCAUUACAGCAGGCACAGCCUCCAUGGUCAACCUCACUGCGGGUGAUCCAGCAGAGACAGAUUACACAGCAGUAGGCUGUGCUGUUACUACAAUCUCCUCCAACCUAACAGAGAUGUCAAAGGGUGUUAAACUUCUGGCAGCACUUAUGGAGGAUGAAGGAGGAAAUGGACAGCAUCUGCUUGGUGCUGCCAAGAACCUGGCCUGUGCUGUCUCUGAAAUGCUAAAGACUGCCCAACCUGCAAACACAGAGCCUCGUCAGAAUCUGCUGCAGGCUGCUGGAAAUGUGGGCCAAGCCAGCGGAGAGCUGCUUUCUCACAUAGGCGAGGCAGACACUGAUCAACAGUUCCAGGACAUGCUGAUGCAAUUGGCUAAAGCUGUGGCUAAUGCUGCAGCAGCUCUGGUGCUCAAAGCAAAGAAUGUGGCCCAGAAGACAGAAGACUCAGCCCAGCAGAACCGGGUCAUCGCAGCAGCAACUCAAUGCGCUUUGUCCACAUCUCAGCUAGUGGCUUGCACAAGAGUGGUGGCUCCAACAAUCAGCUCUCCAGUGUGCCAGGAGCAGCUAAUUGAGGCGGGCAAGCUGGUGGCUAAGUCAGUAGAGGGCUGUGUUGAGGCAUCACAGGGAGCGACCAAUGAUGAUGGUCUCCUGAAACAGGUGGGCAUGGCUGCCACAGGUGUCACACACGCUCUUAAUGAGCUCCUUCAACACAUCAAACAAUAUGCCAGUGGAGGCCAUCCCAUUGGACGUCAUGGAGAAGCCACUGACCGCAUUUUGGAUGUCACUGAGAACAUCUUUAGCUCUAUGGGAGAUGCUGGUGAGAUGGUCCGUCAGGCUCGUAUCCUUGCUCAAGCCACGUCUGAUCUGGUCAAUGCUAUCAAGAUGGAUGCAGAAGGAGAGUCUGACCUAGAGAACUCACGCAAGCUUCUUUCUGCUGCCAAGCUGCUGGCUGAUGCCACAGCCAAGAUGGUGGAGGCCGCUAAGGGUGCAGCAGCAAAUCCCGACAGUGAGGAACAGCAGCAGAAAUUACGAGAGGCGGCUGAAGGUCUCCGCAUGGCCACCAACGCUGCGGCGCAGAAUGCUAUCAAGAAACGCCUAGUCAACAAACUGGAGAACGCAGCCAAACAAGCAGCAGCAGCAGCCACUCAGACCAUUGCUGCUGCACAACAUGCAGCCUCAACCAACAAGAACCAGGCCGCCCAGCAGCAGCUUGUUGUGGGCUGCAAGGCUGUCGCAGAGCAGAUCCCUCAGCUGGUUCAGGGAGUCAGAGGCAGCCAGUCUCAGCCUGACAGCCCAAGUGCACAGCUGGCUCUCAUUAGUGCCAGCCAGAACUUCCUGCAGCCCGGUGCUAAGAUGGUUACAGCCUCCAAAGCUGCUGUUCCCACCAUCAGUGACCAGGCUUCAGCUAUGCAGCUCAGCCAGUGUGCUAAAAACCUGGCCAGUGCCUUGGCAGAGCUCCGCACUGCCUCACAAAAGGCUCAGGAAGCUUGUGGACCACUGGAAAUAGACAAUGCUCUGUCAACGGUGAGAGAUUUGGAAAAGGAGAUCCAAGAGGCCAAGGCAUCAGCAGAAGAAGGCAAACUUAAACCACUACCAGGAGAGACGCUUGAGAAAUGCUCCCAGGAUCUGGGUAACAGCACCAAGGCUGUGAGCUCAGCCAUAGCCCAGCUGCUGAGUGAAGCCACCCAGGGAAAUGAGAACUACACUGGUAUGGCAGCCAGAGAUGUCGCUCAGGCUCUAAAGUCACUAGCUUCGGCUGCCAGAGGAGUUGCUGCUACCACAGAUGACUCAGCAGCACGUAGUGCCAUACUGGACUGUGCUGGGGAUGUCAUGGACAAGUCAUCCAACCUUAUUGAAGAGACCAAGAGGGCCAUUGCUAAACCAGGAGAUGCAGAGAGUCAGCAGAGAUUGGCCCAGGUGGCUAAGGCGGUUUCCCAGGCCUUGAACAGAUGUGUGAAUUGCCUUCCUGGCCAGAGGGAUGUAGACAAUGCCAUCCGCACUGUGGGCGAAGCUAGCAAGUCUCUCCUGGCUGAUUCUUUCCCGUCUAGUGGAAAGAGCUUCCAGGAGGUUCAAGCUCAUCUCAACGAGGUUGCAGCUGGUCUAAAUCAAUCAGCCAAUGAAGUGGUCCAGUCAUCCAGAGGAACUACCCAGGACCUGGCCAGGGCCACUAGCAAAUUUGGACAGGAAUUUAGCAACUUCCUAGAGGCUGGUGUUGACAUGGCUGGAACAUCUCAGUCUAAGGAGGACCAGACCCAGGUGGUGUCUAACCUGAAGACAAUCUCAAUGUCAUCAAGCAAGCUGCUUUUAGCAGCUAAAGCUCUUUCCACUGAUCCUAGCUCCCCCAACCUCAAGAACCAGCUGGCAGCAGCUGCCCGGGCUGUUACAGACACUAUUAACCAGCUCAUCACCAUGUGCACUCAGCAGGCUCCAGGUCAGAAGGAGUGUGAUAAUGCUCUCAGAGAGCUUGAGUCAGUGAAGGGGAUGCUGGAGAACCCGACAGAAGCAAUCAGUGAGCUGUCAUACUUUGACUGCAUUGACAGUGUCAUGGAGAACUCCAAGGUCCUCGGUGAGUCCAUGGCUGGUAUUUCUCAUAAUGCCAAAAACUCCAACCUGCCAGAGUUUGGUGACUCAGUCAGUACUGGCUCCAGAGCUCUUUGUGGUCUCACUGAAGCAGCUGCACAGGCUGCCUAUUUACUGGGUGUAUCAGACCCCAACAGCACAGCAGGUCAGAAGGGCCUGGUAGACCCUGCUCAGUUUGCACGAGCUAAUCAGUCUAUUCAGAUGGCCUGUCAGAACCUGGUGGACCCAGCUUGUACUCAAUCCCAGGUGCUCUCAGCAGCAACCAUAGUGGCCAAGCACACCUCUGCGCUCUGUAAUGCCUGCAGAUUGGCCUCCUCUAAAACUCCUAACCCUAUUGCCAAGAGGCAGUUUGUCCAGUCAGCCAAAGAAGUGGCCAACACCACUGCCAACUUGGUCAAAUCCAUAAAGGCUUUGGAUGGAGCCUUUAACCAGGCGAACAGAGAAAAGUGUAAAGCUGCCACUGGCCCUCUAAUAGAAGCUGUGGACAACCUGACUGCUUUUGCCUCCAAUCCUGAAUUCGCCAGCAUUCCUGCUCAGAUCAGCCCUGAGGGUCUUGCAGCUAUGGAGCCCAUUGUGGCAGCAGCUAAGACAAUGCUGGAAAGCUCCACUGGCCUGAUCCAGACUGCCCGUUCUUUGGCUGUCAACCCCAAAGACCCGCCCAAGUGGUCCGUGCUUGCUGGACACUCCAGAACUGUGUCUGACUCCAUCAAGAAACUCAUCACCAACAUGAGAGAAAAAGCUCCUGGCCAGAGAGAAUGUGAUGAUGCUAUUGAAGCACUAAAUGGCUGCAUCCGUGAAGUUGAUCAGGCCUCUCUGGCAGCCAUAAGCCAGCACCUAACACCACGAGAGGACAUCUCAAUGGAGACUCUCCAUGAGCAGAUGGCUGCCUCAGUCCAUGAGAUUAGUAACUUGAUUGAUCCCGUGGCUGUAGCUGCUCGAUCUGAGGCCUCCCAGUUGGGACACAAGGUCUCUCAGAUGGCCAGUUACUUUGAGCCCCUGAUCAUGGGAGCCAUUGGCACAGCAUCCAAGAUUCUCAAUAGUCAACAACAGAUGGCUGUUUUAGACCAAACCAAAACCCUGACUGAGUCGGCCCUGCAGAUGCUCUACACUGCUAAGGAGGCUGGAGGCAAUCCCAAGGCAGCCCACAUGCACGAGGCCUUGGAGGAGUCCGUGCAGAUGAUGAAAGAAGCAGUAGAUGACUUGGGUGCCACACUGUCUGAAGCAGCCAGUGCAGCUGGUGCAGUAGGUGGUAUGGUGGACUCCAUCAAUGAUUCCAUCAAUAAAAUGGAAGAUACACCAGUGCAAGAACCUGAAGGCACCUUUGUGGACUACCAGACUACCAUGGUUAAGACAGCCAAGGCCAUCGCUGUGACUGUGCAAGAGAUGGUGACCAAGUCUAACACCAACCCAGAUGACCUUGGAGGAUUAGCUAACGAGCUGACCAAUGAGUUUGGAAAUCUUGCGAACGAAGCCAAAUAUGCAGCCGUUACUGCAGAGAAUCAUGAAAUUGGUUCUCAUAUUAAGAAGCAGGUGGGUGAGUUGGGUUUCACCUGCACAAGUCUGGUGACAAAAGCUGGAGCUCUUCAGUGCAGCCCUAAUGACACCUUUACUAAGAAAGAGCUGAUUGAAAGCGCACGGAAAGUCUCUGAGAAGGUCUCCCAUGUGUUAGCAUCUCUGCAGGCAGGUAACCGUGGCACCCAGGCCUGCAUCACUGCUGCCAGUGCAGUGUCUGGAAUUAUUGCAGACCUUGACACCACCAUUAUGUUUGCAACUGCUGGAACUUUGAACCGUGAAAAUGCAGAAACCUUUGCUGACCACAGGGAAUGCAUCCUAAAGACAGCCAAGGCUCUGGUGGAGGACACCAAGUUGCUGGUGGCUGGUGCUGGGGCCAGUCAGGAAAGGCUGGCCCAGGCGGCCCAGUCCUCAGUGUCCACCAUUACCAAACUGGCAGAUGUGGUAAAACUGGGGGCAGCCAGCUUGGGUUCCGAAGACCCAGAGACCCAGGUGGUGUUGAUCAAUGCAGUGAAAGAUGUGGCCAAAGCCCUAGGAAACCUCAUCAGCGCCACAAAGGCAGCUGCAGGCAAGCCUCACGAUGACCCCAGCAUGCUGCAGCUUAAAAAUUCUGCUAAGGUGAUGGUGACCAAUGUAACAUCGCUCCUGAAGACUGUGAAGGCUGUGGAGGAUGAAGCCACCAAGGGGACGAGAGCUUUGGAGGCCACUAUUGAACACAUCAAACAGGAAUUGGCUGUCUUCAACAGUGCUGAUCCUCCAGCAAAGACCACCACACCAGAAGAGUUCAUCCGCAUGACUAAAGGAAUCACAAUGGCAACAGCAAAGGCAGUGGCUGCUGGGAACUCUUGUCGUCAGGAAGACAUCAUUGCCACAGCUAACCUUAGCAGAAGGGCCAUUGCUGAGAUGCUGCACUCCUGCAAGCAAGCUGCCUACCACCCAGAGGUCAGCAAAGACGUGCAAAUGAGAGCUCUGCGCUAUGGCAAAGAAUGUGCUUCUGGAUAUCUGGGAUUGCUGGAGCAUGUAUUGGUGAUCAUCAUGAAGCCAUCUCAUGAUCUGAAGCAGCAGUUGGCCAGCUACUCCAAGCAUGUGGCAGGCUCCGUCACUGAGCUUAUCCAGGCUGCUGAGGCCAUGAAAGGCACAGAGUGGGUGGACCCUGAGGAUCCCACUGUCAUUGCAGAGAAUGAACUGCUGGGAGCAGCAGCCGCUAUUGAAGCUGCUGCCAAGAAACUGGAGCAGCUGAGGCCGAGGACUAAGCCCAAGGAGGCCGAUGAGAGCUUGAACUUUGAGGAGCAGAUUCUGGAGGCAGCCAAGUCUAUUGCAGCUGCCACCAGUGCUCUGGUAAAAGCUGCUUCAGCAGCACAGAGGGAGCUGGUGGCUCAAGGGAAGGUGGGGGCAAUCCCAGCUAAUGCCGUAGAUGAUGGACAGUGGUCUCAGGGGCUUAUUUCAGCUGCUCGAAUGGUCGCUGCAGCAACCAACAACCUGUGUGAGGCAGCAAACUCUGCAGUACAGGGACAUGCCAGUGAGGAGAAGCUCAUCUCAUCAGCAAAGCAGGUGGCAGCCUCCACUGCUCAGCUGCUGGUAGCCUGCAAGGUCAAGGCUGACCAGGACUCACAGACCAUGAAGAGGCUCCAGGCUGCUGGAAAUGCUGUGAAAAGAGCCUCUGAUAAUCUGGUGAAAGCAGCACAAAAAGCAGCAUUUGAAGAACAAGAUGCCCAGGCUGUGGUGGUCAAGAGUAAGAUGGUGGGAGGUAUUGCUCAGAUCAUUGCCGCUCAGGAGGAGAUGCUACGGAAAGAAAGGGAAUUGGAGGAAGCCAGGAAGAAGUUGGCCAUGAUCAGACAGCAGCAGUACAAAUUCCUCCCGUCAGAACUGCGGGAAGAUGGCCAGGAACAGUGAGAAAAUAAGUGUGCGUCUGUAGCAGCAUGCAGUGUCGUCAGCAGAAGUCAUCUUUGGAAUGAUAAGGACCUGUUCUCAGCUCAUUUUUAAGUGAAGAAAACGAUAACAUAUAACUAUAACUGUAACAUUAAACAAUCUGACUUCAAUUCCACAGCAAACUGUUUCACAUUUAGUUUCAAAAGUUAACAAUGACGUUCGUAACGCUGAUUAAGGUAUCUGUACUUUUGAUUAUAUGGUUACACGCCUAUCAGUAUAUUUUUCUCUAUUUUGAAUUCUUUUUUUUCAUCUUUGUGUGUACAUGCUGUGUAAAAUGGCAGUCACGCCAUUAAAUUAUGGCGUGACUGCCAUUAUGACGUGCCAAUGGCCUUAACUGUCCUAGAUAUAGAUAUCUUAUAUAGGCAAGCAGAAUUAAUGCUUCCAUGACAAUUAUGCAGAAUCUAUGCAAAUUUUAUAUACUGUGUGUGCGUGCGUGUGUGUGCUGGUAUGCGUGUGUGUGUGUUUACAGACAAAGUGCCUUGAUGUAUAGGAGUUCAUUGUGAAAAAGAGAUCUGUGGUUGUAUGACAGUAAUGAUAUUCAAUAUGUUAAUUGACGUACUGGUUAAACUUAAUAUAUAAAAUUACACAUUUUAAAUCUAAAUUGGGAUAAAAUAAUUAUACAGUGGAAAAAAUCAUAGUGUUUUUUUUUACGACCUUCAGAAUAUGUUAAAAGGAUAUCCUCCAGUACAUUGCUAUGUUUUUCUGUGUGGGUUUUUGGAUUUAACCAUCUACAGUAUUUAGCCAGAAAUCAGACUAGAGGACUCAUUUGUGUUCAAAUUAUGAAGCCAUAUAUUUAAUUUUUAAAUAUUUGAGAUUGUUGCAAAGAGUCCAGCACUGUCAGGAUUUCUUUAAACAAAUAAAGUGUUUUAAAUUUAUACCUUUAUGUAUUAUGUACCAGGGACAUGGGAUCAGCUGUAAGUUUAUAUUUGUAUCCUAAGUUUUUAGUACUUUCUAUGUAACAUGACUUUUGCUUGAUGAGGAUCUAGUAGAGAAAAUUAUGAAUUUAUUUUUGCAAUUACACAGUGAAAUAGAGUGUAUUUGCAACAGGAAUAUUUGACAUUAAAUUGACUGUAUUUGGAUUCUUAGUGGUUAUUGACUUGCUCCUAUGAUAUGUUAUUUGUGGGAUUUUUCUAAAGAAUUCCUAUAACUGAAAAGGAAAUGAUCUGAGGUAUAUAUUGGCAUUUUAUAUGGAUGAACACAAAAAUAGAUUAUAAGAUAAUGAUUAAAAGCUGCCCUUACGUUGGCCUUUUUUUCUUUUGCAUAUUAUUUGCAUAUUAUUUUUAGGAUAGCUAGAGCAGUAUGCAGUAUAACAUACAAAGGCUUUUUAAAAUUUUGUGCACAUUUUGACUAAUUAUAAUGCUCAUUCACAUUAGUACCGAUGAUGGACACUGUAACUGUGAUUUAUAUUCAAUAAAGACAGUGUUUAAAGAGAUGCUGACAUCUGUUGUUUAACAGUUUGUUUGUCCCAACAUAGAUAUCAUGUCCCUAAAAGGUGAAAACUCAAUGUUACACAGUGGAGAAUCUAUAACACAGCUUGCAUUAUUUUCAAUAAAUAUAUUUAAACAAAA